GCUGGACUACCGCAUGAGUUGACGUGACAUGGGAUGUCUUGUUCGGCCUUCCGGCUCCAGUAAAAACGAUUCGAGUUACUACGAGAAUCCCCUGUGAUCAGCCGACAUGUCCGAUGAUGAUGAUGUUGUCGAUCGCAAUGGCGGUAGGUUUUCAUGAUGUCUUCCUCUGAUAUAUCUCCCUCUCUCUUCAUCGCCUCCCUUCUCUUCUCGCGAUCGUUCGAGUAGUCCACCUCGCCAUGAUUGGCACUAAAUUCGAAGUCCCGGACAAGUACCGAUAUCAAAAUGGCUUCGGGAACCACCAUGAAACCGAAGCCCUGCCUGAAACCUUGCCCGUCGGAAUGAACAGUCCGCAGAAACCUGCCCAUGGCCUCUACACCGAGAAGCUAUCUGGCACCGCAUUCACUGCUCCGCGUCACGAGAACCUGCAAACCUGGCUAUAUCGUAUAUUACCUUCUUCCGUACACACGCCGUUCAGGCCGUGUAAGGAUGGGUCGAUCUACACAUCUGAUGAGAAGGGAAGUGUCCAUGAAAGCGUUGGAGCCGGAUCCCAUCAGGUUGAAUCUCCGCGCUGGAAUUACCUUCCGAAUCAACUCCGCUGGGACCCCUUCGAUCUGGACAAGCAGGCCGACUGGGUCCAAGGGACCCGUCUGAUCGCAGGCGCCGGCGAUCCCACGUUGAAGUCGGGUCUAGGAAUAUCCGUGUAUGCUGCAGGCUGCGACAUGCCUCCUCAAACUGCGUAUUUCACCGCGGAUGGAGAUCUCCUCAUCGUCCCUCAACAGGGCGUGCUCGAUGUGCAGACAGAGCUGGGGAAGCUGUUGGUCCGACCCGGGGAGAUUGCGGUCAUCCCACGUGGAAUAAGACAUCGAGUGACGCUCCCCUCCGGGCCUGUUCGAGGGUACAUCCUGGAGCUCUAUCAAGGGCACUUCCUGCUCCCUGAACUCGGACCGAUCGGAUCCAACGGCCUGGCCAACGCGCGCGAUUUCCAAGCCCCGGUCGCUGCAUUCGAUGAAGAGGACGACCGCGAGCGAAACACUCUGAACUGGACGAUAGUUUCCAAAUUCGCGAAUCGCCUCUUCGUCGCCCGGCAGACUUACACCCCAUUCGACGUCGUCGCGUGGCACGGCACAUACUACCCGUACAAGUAUGACCUCGGCCGCUUCAACACCAUCGGCACCAUCAGCCACGACCACCCGGACCCUAGCGUCUUCACCGUCCUCACCGCGCCCUCGUCCGCGCACGGCACCGCCGUCGCCGACUUCGUCAUCUUCCCUCCCCGCUGGGCCGUCGCCGGCGGAACCUUCCGUCCGCCGUGGUACCACCGCAACACGAUGAGCGAGUUCAUGGGCCUGAUCACGGGCCAGUACGACGGCAAAGCCGGCACGGGCUUCCGCGCAGGCGGCGCCAGCCUACAUAAUGUCAUGGGCGCCCAUGGGCCGGAUCGCGCCACGUUCGAGAGGGCCAGCGAGGAGGAUACGGCUGUGCCGGUGAGGAUCGGGGACGGUGGCCUGGCGUUCAUGUUCGAGACGAUGUUCAUGCUCGGGGUCUCGGAGUGGGCUCUGCGGGGCGCUGCUGGGGACGACGGCCGGGCGGACGGGUGUGGGAAGUUGCAGGCCGGGUAUAACUCUGAAGCGUGGCAGGGUCUGGAGAGGAGAUUCCGGAGACCGGCACCGGAGACGUCUCCUUCUGGUUGAGAGAGAGACCUAGGUAG